UUGCACAUGUAUCCGAUGCAAUCCAAUCAAUGUUAUUACAGAAGUGACUCACUGGCAAUAGGGAUAUUACAAAAAUCUUCGCACUGGAGAUUCGUAAAUUGAAAAAGGUCGCUGUUUGUGCGGUGGAACCACUUCCGUGAUACGUUGCUUAGGCGAGCUCAUCCGCGUGCCUACGAUAAUGGUGCCCUGGGCAUUCAAAAUUCUCUGAUGUACGGGUAGGUCUCGCAAUUCGAUCAGUGGUAUACUACAUGAGCUAUUGAUACCCUAUUAUUAUUUGACCGUGGGACUCGACAGCGACUGUUGUAAAAUGCACUCGCAGUCGACCGCGGAGCUGUCAUUAUGUUGCAAGCGUGUGUGAUAUGUACGGCGAAGAAGUCGAGGUUGCACUGUUUAUCCGUGAUUCUGCCUCGCCACUGACUCACCAGGAUGCCGUCAGCAAGCAUAGAUUUGGAUCUGUAUAACCCUGAAAGAAAAGUGAGAAAUCUCGGUGAAGUCGGAAGCGCUGUGGAAGUCGACGCUAAAAUUCCACUCAGGCGCUACUACAGAUCCGGGAAGGAAAUGCUAAGGAUGGCGGACGUUUAUGCAAAGGAAGGAAAUCUUGAGAAUGCUUUCAUAUUAUACACAAAGUUCAUUACACUCUUCGUGGAGAAGAUACAGCGCCAUCCCGAUAAGAUCAACACAGCAUCACCAGAGUGGGCCUUCACAAAGAAGAAAUUGAAGGAAGUAUUUCCUGUGGCAGAGUCGUUGAAAGCAAAGUUGCUUCGGAAAUAUGAAGACGAGUACAAGCACAUUCUUAAAGAAAAGGAAAGGCAGGACUCUGAACAGAACAAAAGUGAGGAUCAGAAGAGGAAGCAACAGGUGGAACAGCUUUUGUAUGAACAGCAGAGGCUGCUGGCCCUCCAGCAGAAGAGUAAGGCAGCCGGCAAGGCGGACACUACGUCACCCAGUGCCCCCAUUGUGUCGCCCUCCGACGUCUUCCCGACGCUCAUAGACUUGGAAAACAGCUGGCAAGAUUCGAGGCAUAAAAAUCCUCCAGCUUCAAGUGGGAGGACUGUGAUUCCAGACGUUCCCUCCAGGGAUGUAAAGCCUGAUGUUGCAUCUCCAGUUGAUGUCAUAAGACGGCCAAUCCCGCCAGUCGACAGAAGUACCAAACCCAUGCCACUGCUCAGUCCCGAACCAUUUUUUCACGGACUUCGAACAGUGGUUGUUCCAGGGGGACUCUUCUCUAAGUUUCUGAAGCUGGCAUCAAGGAACACUGAGAAGAACAUUGAGACGUGUGCUAUCCUAGCCGGAAAGCUGUCAAAGAACCAGUUAAACGUAUCCCACGUGCUUGUACCAAAGCAAUCUGGAAGCUCGGAUUCCUGUUUUACCGAGAGCGAGGAGGAAGUUUUGGAAUACCAGGACCGAUUAGGGCUGGACACUGUUGGAUGGGUUCACACUCAUCCCACCCAGACUGCUUUCAUGUCAAGUGUAGACCUUCACACUCACUGCAGCUACCAGCUUAUGCUUCCUGAGGCCAUUGCUGUCGUCUGUUCACCUAAAUAUGAAGAAAAUAAGAUUUUCAGCUUGACUGUGGACCAUGGUCUUUCAUACAUCUCAAACUGCAACCUUUCUGGUUUCCAUCCUCAUCCUAAAGAGCCGCCUUUAUAUGAGGAGUGCAAGCAUGUGAAAAUUGAUGAGAAGGCACCGGUGACAGUAGUGGACCUUCGAACGUAAAUACAUGCUGUCUCAUGGAGCACAUGGGGCUCCUUGAAAGUGACUGUCGAAACAUCGUUUCGAAAGGAUGUUAUGUUUACAAGUGUUUGAGUUUGCUGAAGAAGUUAAUAUAUUGCCUAAACGGUUUUGAAUAAAAGCUAGCAAACCUUUGAAUGCCAGCACUUCUAAACA